CUCAUCCAGGGAGAAUAGACAGAUCCAGAGCGGCUCAACUGCAGGAGGAGUUAAUAGAAAUAGUGAUCAGGAACAGGAGGGAGGGGGAAACAUCGCAGUGCAGAAUCAAGCGGAGAGUUUCUGGCAUGGAUCACACUCCACGGACACUUUGAUCAGCGGCUGCGGCACAUGUUAUUCUCAGGGGGGAAAUACAGUCUAAAAAGUAGAGAUGUUUGUUGCACAAUGGCUCGCUGCAUGCGUCCUGGCUUCCAGUGUGGUCGCCCAGGGCUUUAAAGUGACAGAGCAGAAUGGACAUGAGUUUUUAGAGAAUAUUUUACACUAUUAUGGUGAAAAUAAAUCAAUUACAACAGAGAAGUUGGAAGAUCUGCUGCUUUUGAUCUCAGCCAGACGAUCGGAAUCAAUAAUUGAAGCAAAUCCACUGGAGGACAAAGAGUGUCCCUCAGCGGAUCAGAUUUUGUCCCACUUUGGCCUCGGUAACGUGACUGAGCUGACUGUGGGACAUCUGGGGAGGAUCUGCCCUGCUGUGUUGACUCAGGUGCUGCUGCCCUCCUGCCCCUACAUCAACCCAAUAACUGUGCCUGCUGUCGACUACUCUGUGUGGGGCUAUGGGUUUCUGGCUGUCACCAUAAUCAACCUGGCGUCUCUUCUCGGCCUGCUGCUGAUCCCCUUCACCAAGAAGUCGUAUUUCCCCAAAGUGCUGACUUACUUUAUCGGCCUGGCCAUCGGGACUCUCUUCUCCAACGCCGUACUUCAGCUCAUACCAGAGGCUCUGGGUUUUGAUCCCAAAGAAGACAACUAUGUGGCAAAAGCAGUUGGCAUAUUUGGAGGAUUUUACCUUUUAUUUUUCGUGGAAAAGAUACUGAAAAUAGUUCUCAGGAUUGACCAUGAGCACGGCCACAGCCACUUCACUCCUGCAGACCCUCAUCAGGAAAACAGCAUCCAGAAUGGAGAUGCUUGGGAGAAAAAGGACUCUGUGGUUUUGACCAGCAUCGCCACUGUUGCUGUAAAUGACAGCAGCCCGGCCAUUGAGACCUCUCAUACAAAUGUGGCACCCUCUCAGGACACCCAGGGGUCUGAUGUGAUGUGCCACUGGCUGCGUGGGAAGCGCAUCACCAGUAUCAAGACUGUGGCCUGGAUGAUAUCACUGAGUGACGCUGUGCACAACUUCAUUGACGGUCUGGCCAUUGGGGCUUCGUUCACUGUUUCUAUUCUGACAGGGUUCAGUACCUCCACCGCCAUCGUCUGUGAGGAGUUUCCCCAUGAGCUGGGUGACUUUGUUAUCCUGCUGAAUGCUGGAAUGAGCGUCCCGCAGGCCAUUUUCUUCAACCUGCUGUCAGCAAUGUCGUGUUAUGUCGGCCUUGUGUUUGGAAUCCUGCUUGGAAGCAGCUUUGCCCCAAAUGCUAUCUUUGCCAUCGCGGGAGGAAUGUUCCUGUAUAUUGCACUAGCAGACAUGUUUCCAGAAAUGGACAGUAUAGUCAGGGAUCAACGGAAAACUUCUAGCAAGAUCAUCUUCUUUCUGAUCCAGAAUGCUGGACUGCUUACCGGCUUCGCCAUCAUCCUACUGAUUACAUUGUAUGCAAAGGACAUAAACCUUGGAUAGAAAGGAAAAGAAAUGCUCAUCUGUUGCCUUUGUUUCUGCUCACACAGGCUGGGCUGAAGAUGAAUGUAAAGAAAAUGUUUUGUACAAAACCAAGUGUUAUAUGGGACAAAAAAAAGUAGGCUUUUAUAUUUUGGACUAUCAAUUUAGUGAAAUGUUUACUCAACAAGAAGGGCAUUUUUAUGCAAUCAACAUGUAUACAAUUACUGACAUCUUAAAGGAACAAUAAAUUAUUUUUAGUCUUCAAAUGUGAAAUGUUUCAUAUGUAUUUUCUAAAUGGGUGUAACAUAAUUUUUAAUGAAAAACAAAUGAUAUCUAUGCCUCACACCCCUCAGACAGUUCUGUAAAGCUGUGAACUCCAUUCUUAAACAUUUUAUGUAUUUUUUUAUUUUAUUUUUAUUAUUCUUUUCAGUCACCUUGAAUUAAAAAGUAAACCUCUAGGAGUUGCCUGCUAAAACUCCGACACGCUAAAUAUUGCAAACCUGGAGCGCACAUGCUGUGUUUAAAUGUAUAUCAUUGUAUUGAAAAGUUGUUUUUGCACACAGGAAAAUGGGGCAGGAGGAAGUUUCUUCCCAACAUGCAGAUUAAUCUCAUCUUUGCAGCAGUUCAGAGUUACUGGCAACGAGACUGUUUCCACAAACAUUUAAUGGGCUUUUUUUCCCUUUUCCUAUAAAACAUAAUUGAUAACUGUAUUAAUAUGCUGUAAAAAUUAUUUAUUUAAAGUCAUUACUUGAAGAUAAAUAAUGUUAAUUU